AUGAAUGAUAAUGGUACAGAACGUAAUGAGGAGUACGAGUGUAAACCUGCAUGGUGUGACAAUAUGUAUGCACGUUGUGAUGGUUUUUGGGCAUGUGCUGAUGGAAGAGAUGAAUACAAUUGUAACCCAGGAAAUUGUCCUCCAGGAAUUCUCGCAUGUGUAUCUCCUCUCAACUACACAGUGAUUUGCUUGCCUCGGGACCGUAUUCAAGAUAACAGUAUUGAUUGUUUUGGAGCAACAGAUGAACAAUUUAGAUGUAGAUACCGAUAUUCGUCGAUCGACACUUCUAUGCGCUUCCAAUGUUCAGAUACAGGUGAAUGUCUAGAACCAUCUAAAUUAUGUGACGACAACGAAGAUUGUUCUGAUGGUGAAGAUGAAGAUAUUUGUCCUGCUCAUCAAAUUAAAUGUAGAAAAGGUUCAUCACAUAGCUAUAGUGAAGUUGAAGAGAUUCUCUGUGGACGGAAUGAUGAUGAAAAUCACAGAUAUGUGUAUCCUUCUUUGGAUACUUCAUCCAUGUAUCCUUUAUUAGAGAAAAGUGUCACCAAUGAAAUGAUUCAAUGGCCAGUAAGUCCGCGUCCUAAUAUAAAUGUUAAUGUAUCUCGAGUUGAGAAAAAAUCAUGGCCUUGGUAUUGCAAUCGUGGACUCGUUGUUCGUAUUUGGAAUGAAAACAACAGUGAUAAGAAGGCAUGUAUGUGUCCACCUAGUUACUAUGGUAAUCUGUGUCAGUAUCAAAAUCAACGAAUUAGUUUAACAUUACGAUUGACAGCAGUUGAUAGACUGGCUACUUAUGCUAUUGUCAUUAUGUUGAUUGAUGAUGAUGAUAAACGUCAAGAGAUUGAUGCAUAUGAUCAAUUUGUAUACAUAGCAAAACAAAGUUGUAGUAUUAAAUUGAAUCGAUAUUUAUUAUUUUCAACACGACCAAAAAAUGUUUCCAAGAACUACAAUGUACGUAUCGAUGUAUUCAAAAAAAAUGAAUUAAAAUAUGUUGGAAGUUGGCAUUUCUCUAUUGAUUUUCUUUUUUUGCCUGUCAAUCGACUAGCUGUUUCAUUGGAAAUAUCGAAUCAUCUAGUUCAGACUUCGUCGAAUUGUGCGAUUACUUGUAAGAAUGGCGAGUGUAUAAAAUACUUGAACAAAGAAAAAUAUUUUUGUCGAUGCCUUUCUGGAUGGUCAGGCAUUCAAUGUAAUAUACCUCUGAAUUGUCAGUCAUGUUUGUCCAGUGCGAUAUGUAUAGGAUCAUCAAAAAAUCAAUCAAUAUGCGUAUGUCCUUUAGGCAGGUUUGGUCCACGAUGUCUAAUCGAAUCAACAUGUCCAGUCAAUGCUUGUCAAAAUAAUGGCCAAUGUGUACCAGCUGAUGUGAAUAUUCCCGGAAGUGCUUAUACUUGUAUUUGUCCAGAUCGAUUUUUUGGACCAAACUGUCAAUUUUCAAAAUCUAAAGUGGAUGUUUCUUUGAAUAUUAUCAAUGUUCCAUCACAUGUCGUAGCUUAUUUCUUCACGCUAUUAAAUGAAUCUCAUCCAAUCAAUACAAUUAUACUUCGAAAAUUGACUCUCUUUCAACAUAUUGUUACUUUCCAUAUUUCGGUGCCAUAUCAUAUGAUGAUUAUUCAAAUCAAUAACAAAUAUUAUCUUGCUGUACUUCAACAAUCUCCAAAGAUAGAGAUUUCAACAUCGAUUAGUCCCGCACAAGAAUGUGUUCCUAGCGAACAACUAUUCAAUUCUACAGUAUUGAAAAAGCAUCGCUAUGAACGAAUUGUAUUUUACUAUGCUCUUUGUGGAGAACAUCAUGAUUUGACUUGUUUCGUUGACGAAGACUUUUUAUGUUUGUGCACAAAUGAUCAUCAUGCUAAUUGUUUGAAAUUCAUUCGUUAUAGAGAUUUUCAAUGUCCAUUAGAAAAUGAUUGUAAAAAUGGAGCACACUGUUUACAAGAUCAUCCAUCUUGUCCAUCGACAAGAAUUUGUCGAUGUUCUCAAUGUUUCUUCGGUAAUCAAUGUCAAUUUUAUGCGAAAGGUAUCGGUUCAACAUUAGAUGAAAUCUUAGGUUAUGAAUUUAAAAAUAAUACAAUAUUAACUAAACAAUCUUUCAGAAUAAAAGUGAGUGCUAUUGUCACAAUGUUGAUAUUUGUAAUAGGUGUCAUUAAUGGUAUUUUAUCAAUAAUAACUUUUUCAAGAAAGAAUACACGAGAAGUCGGCUGUGGAAUAUAUCUCUUGGCAUCAUCAAUCACUUCAUUAUCAACUAUGAUCUUAUUUACACUUAAAUUUUGGUUUCUUUUUCUUUCUCAUCAAGAUCUUUUUAGUCAAUAUGGCCAAAAAGUUAUUCUUAAUAUUAAUUGCAUAUGUAUUGAAUCUCUACUAAAAAUCAUUUUAUACAUAGAUAACUGGUUUAAUGCUUGUGUAGCUAUAGAACGAACAGUGUCUGUAUAUCAAGGAAUUAGUUUUAAUAAGAAUAAAAGCAAACGAGUUGCUAAAUAUAUGGUGAUAUUAUUACCUCUUAUCAUAUCCAGUCUAUUCAUUCCACAACUACUUAAUCUUCGUGUAUUUGAAGAUAAAAUGGAAGAACGAAGUUGGUGUGUUAUCACUUAUUCCCCAUGGCUACAAAUGUAUAGUUUAACUUUGAUUUUUUUUCAUUAUUUUGCUCCAUUAUGUAUCAAUUUAUCCUCAACUCUAUUCAUCAUUAUAGCAAGUACUCGUCAACGAUCACUCAGUAAAACUGAUCGUACUUUCAUGGCCCAUCUUAUAAUCAAAUUAAAACAAUAUAAACAUCUUAUAAUUAGUCCUACUAUUAUUGUAGUUUUAACAUUACCUCAUUUAAUCAUUUCAAUUAUAUUAGAUUGCAACAAAUCAUCUAACUUGUUUUGGUUCUAUCUUAUCGGUUAUUUUCUUUCAUUCAUUCCAGCAGCAUCAAUUUUUAUAAUUUUCAUUGUACCAUCAUCACUGUACAAGCAACAAUUUAAGAAAAUAAUAUUUCCUCCUAAGCAAAAUUUUGAUGUAUUAAAACGUAUUCCUGCUGAAUUCCGAUAUUCUUCAUAG